AUGGAUGAAAGCAUCAUUAGGGUGCCUUUUUAUGCGUCAACUUCCGCAUGGCGGACAAAGGCGCAGUUGCAGGGUCUUCUUCGCAAUCACCCAAGCGUUAUAGCUGACAGUGGUCUUCUUGCGGCUCCUGGUACAAUCUUUAGCACCGCGCGAUUGUCGCUACACAACAGUGAGAGCGCAUUGGCAUUGGGUAUGAAUCCUUUAGGUGGAGGAGGGAGCGUUGGACUAAUGUCUGUUGAAGGGCCAGAGCCGACGCUUCAAGGGGCCACGCAUAUACGGUGGUUGGACUUGCCGCAAGAUGUUUGUGUGAGUAGCAUUGAUUGGUGUGAUGACCAUCUCCUGCUGGGCAGCACACGAGGUCGCAUCCUUCUUGUAAAGGCAGGGCCAUAUAGUGUAACUGAAAGCGGUGAAGCACUUGAUCCCAGUAGAUGUUUAGCGUCGGGUGAUACACAACCGAUGGUUGGGGACAUCAUUGUUGCCCCAAGUAGCCAUGCGGUUUCAACACUUGUACGUAGCGUGCGGUGCAACGCAGAGGUGAACCCAUCGAGUGUUGUAGGAGUGGUUGAAAGCCGCGCUAUGGUGUGGGAUCUGGAGGGGGAUUUCCAUCCCGUACGUGCAUGGACCCCCGGGGUGAGCACGGAGGUGAAAAACAACGGUCAACAUGAAGUUCUUCUUUUUGCUAAUUGGGCUCCACACUGCGAUUCAAUAGUUCUCACAGGUGGUUACGAAGGGAGUCUUAUACUUACAGACACACGAGCGGAUAACACCAGGGGACACGGUUUAACGCUGCCAAUGCGCCGUGGGUACAUGGCUCGAUGUGCAGACUUUAACACAUUGCUGCCGUUUGUUGUGGCGGCAGCCUCAUCCGAUGGAACCAUCUCAGUAUUUGAUUGUAGAUUUCCAGAACACGCUGUGCGCACAAUUUCUUCACUUCAGGGUGAUGUUGCUUCUUUGAGAUGGCUAAGACUCCACUCUGAUCUUCUUGCGACGGGCGGUAUUGAUGGUACUGUUGCAAUGUGGAACCUGCGGUUUCCUCCAACUUACUGCGUGGGACGUGCACAAUACAAGUACCCUGUUGUUGAUCUUGCUGCUACUUUGUCCUCCGUUGAACAACGUCUUUUUGGUGUGACAAGUGGCGGGGAGUUGACCUUGACUGGCAUUGCGCUUCCGGCGCUCUCGGCUUUGGCGUCGUGGCCGAGCAGUCGUGCCAAACCGCAGCAGGUUGGCGAGGAAAAGCCGCAUUUACGGGAACGCGAAAGCCGAGGAGUGGGACUCCUCUACGCGAGGCGACUGCGAGAGGCGUAUGAAAUUAUUACCGACUGUGCUAUGGAACGCUUCACGCGCAAAGACACAGCGGUGGCAAUGGCACUCGUGGCCCUUACGGAUGUCAUGCUGGUUCCCAAGUUUGACUACAAGGAGAUGAUUGAGGAGAAGGUGGGACGUCUUUUUGCUCUUGAGGAGACAUCCCAUACACAGGCCCUUGAGGUAUUUGACGAACUCCUGACCCGUUCGAGUGAAAGACUUUGUAUGACACUGCCAUUGCGAAAGGUUCGUGACCUUAUGAAGCCCAAUCCUGAGGAUGUGAAGAAACUUGAGGCAUUGCGGUUAAACCUAUUACUGCAACGUGUUCUUUACACAGGCAAUCCCGAAGCCGUUAUCGCUGGUGUGCAAUUUUUUGCCGCCAACGCCGGUAAUCUUGAACUUGUAGACACGGAUACUGCGUGUGGCAUUGCCAGGAUGCUGCUGAGGGAAAAUUACGUGGAGGGAGAGAAGUUUAUACGUGCCUUUUUGUCUCUAUUGAUUCAGCAGGAUGGUACUGUUUUGGCCCGCACACUGACGCGACGGCUUUUGAUUGUCGUACAGGAGCCCCUAAUGACAGAGGGUCUUCCUCCACGGCAGGCGAAACGACGCGAGGAGCGUUUCCUACGCAAUUUGGUGGCUGCUCAGGAGGCUGUUCACGUACAGUUAACAAUUUUGGGUAUGGGCAUUGAAAAACAUGAGCAGGUUAUAGCCACGGUGAACAGAUAUGAGAAGGCUUGUUUGGAAAAGGGGGAGAGUGGCAUUUUUGGCUGGCUGGGCAUGAAGCCGAUUCUUUUGUUUUUGCACUCGUUGACCGCGGAUUCCAAUUAUGCCACUUUCUUUUGGGCCUGCGUGCAGUUGAUUGAAGUCUUUGCAAAGUGCCCAGGGUCGCGGCAGGUGGAAUCUCUUCUUUUUAUUACAGUUGACCGCAUUCACAGCGCUGCAAAGCAUAUUCAAAGUCAACUGAAUCAGGCUGCGGAAACACCAAGAUUUUCUCUGCCCGCAUUGCGGGAAGUGGGUAAUACCAUUCGCAGUGCGCUUGACUUUCUUUUGGUCCUUCUCCGUGUUCAGCUUGAAUGCGAAAAUGUGGCAAUUGAAAGCGGCAUGUUGGAGAUUCCCCCUGUCAUGGGCCGUAUCUUUGACAUUCUUAGCACAUCUUCUUCCGACCUUCUGGAGGCCUGGGCGACACUGCUCGAGAAAUUGGAGGACUGUAAGAUGCGCGAUUUGGUUCGGAAGUGUUGCCUUGGCGUGGUGCGGAACUUUUCUUCUCAGAUUGAGGAGCUAAUGAAAGUGUCGUCCAAGAAGGAGGACGAUGAACCACUGAAUGAAAUUCUUGAUACAUGCUACCAUUUCAUUGACACAUUUCUCAAGGGCGAUGAUGAAUGA